CGCAUAAUAAAAAUCGCAGACGUCGCGGCAGGCAGGAGAGGCACCGCGUUUCGUAUUGUUUCGUAUCUCGCAGCGGGGAGCAACGUCAAUAUCCGUCGUUCCGAAUUGCCGCGUGCGACCGGCCCACGCUGCCGUUUCAGCGUCGCGGAAAGGAGAUCAUCCAAGAUCGUCUACCAAUCAUGACCGAUCGCCGCCGCAACGCGACGGACGGCCCGUUAGGCAGGAUCGGAGUGUAUCGCUUCCCAGCUGCACGAUCCUCUUCCGCCCGUCUACGUGACAGCGUUGACAUGAGCGUGUGCUCCCGUGAUACCGUUCCAACGAAAAUAAGCGGCGACUGAGGGAAACCUUUAACAAAAGGAGGAGAGAGAGAGAGCAUUGGAGCAGAUCGCCUCUUCAGCAUCCAAGCAUAUCGUUCCAUAGAAGCCUAAAGGAAUGGCUGAGGAGGAGAAAGCUGUUCCCUCGUCUAUGACUCAGUGCUAUGAAAAUUACAUUAUAGUCGAUGUGGGUGCCAAUCUAACAAAUAAGAAGUAUAGUCGGGAUUUGGAUAGUGUGAUACAAAGGGCGAAGGAUGCCGGGGUGCAGAAAAUUAUGGUAACUGGUGCUAGCAUUCGCUCCAGCAAAGAGGCAUUGAGGCUAACCAGAAUAUAUCCCGGGACAUUGUAUUCAACUGCUGGAGUGCAUCCACAUGAUGCAAAAUCUUGGGAAGAGCCGAAUACCCUAUGCGAAUUGGAGAGCAUAGCUAGUAAUCCAGAAUGUGUCGCGAUCGGAGAGUGCGGUUUGGAUUACAGUCGCGACUUUUCAGCUCCGGAGGCGCAGCGUGCCGUAUUUCACAAGCAGAUAGAAUUAGCCUGUAUGUUAAAUAAGCCAUUAGUGAUACAUGAGAGAGGCGCGCAAAAAGAUGUACUGGAAGUACUUAGCCAGUAUAAGAAUCGUCUGCCGCCCGUUCUAAUUCAUUCUUUCAUCGGUACCGCGGAGGAGGCGCAGAUUUACUUGGAUCAAGGCUUUUAUCUAGGUAUUACGGGCUAUCUGUGCAAAGAUAAAUCCGACAGUGGAGUAAGACAACUAUUGGAGGGAGGACAAGCGCCGUUAGAUAAGAUCCUAGUGGAAACCGACGCGCCAUUUAUGUAUCCAAACACCAGAGCCAGUAAAUUGCCCGUGCAUGUAAAGGACGCUCUGACCGAACGGUCUAUGACAUUUCUCCAUCGUUACUGUACCUUUCAACGUAACGAACCAUGUGCCUUGCCAGCGAUCGUGGAAAUGGUAGCAGCAUUUAUGCGAACCACGCCAGAGCAAGUUGCACUAGCUACAGCUUUUAAUGCUCUAAAGUUAUUCGGUUUGAAUCAAUGAUAAUAAUAUUGGGAUCUCAAAGUUGUGCAUAAAAUGGGUGCUAGUAGGUGCUAUGACAAUUGAAUUAGAUUUUUAACGUAUAAAGCUUCCUCUGGAGCCGUGACAUACUUCUUGCAAUGGGUUUUUUUUUUAAUCAAACA